CUACUGAAAUAAUUGUACCUUUGGUCUGUUGGAAUAACAACUAAAUUGGGAAGGAAAGGGGAAAGGGAGUAUGAUUUAAAUUUUUGAUUCUUCACACCUAAACUUGAGGAUCAAGAGGAUUGCAAGCUUAAAUUAAACAAUUUUGAAGAUGGUGGAUUAUUACCAGGUUUUAGGAGUGCAAAAGAGUGCAUCGCCAGAAGAAAUUAAAAAAGCGUAUUGUAAACUUGCCUUAAAGUGGCACCCAGAUAAAAAUCCAGAUAACAAAGAAGUAGCAGAAGUAAAAUUUAAAGAAUUAGCAGAAGCUUAUGAAGUCUUAUCUGAUGAAAAGAAACGUAAUAUAUACGAUAGAUAUGGCAAAGAUGGUCUGAAUGGCAGUGAUGGUGGUGGUGGUGGAGGAGGUGGUCACUUUGAUAAUGACUUUGGUUUUGGAUUCACAUUCAGAAAUCCAGAUGAUGUUUUCAGGGAGUUCUUUGGUGGAAGAGAUCCAUUUUCGUUUGAAUUUUUUGAAGACCCUUUUGAUUUCUUUGGUGACAGAAGAGGAAAUCGUGGAAGUAGAAAUAGAGGUGGAGUUGGACUCUUUUCAUCUCCCUUUGGUGGUGGAUUUUCUUCAUUUGGGGGUGGAUUUCCAGAUUUUAAUAGUGGUUUUACUUCAUUUGCUUCUUUGGGAACAGGUGGAUUUGGUUCGUUUUCUUCCUCUUCAUUUGGUGGAAGUGGGAUGGGUAACUUCAAAUCUGUAUCAACUUCUACUAAAGUGGUUAAUGGCAAGCGAGUCACCACAAAAAGAAUAGUAGAGAAUGGCCAAGAAAGAGUCGAAGUUGAGGAAGAUGGUCAGUUAAAAUCUUUAACGAUUAAUGGUGUUGCAGAUGAGCAAGCUUUGACCGAGGAAAGCAGGCGCCGUGGGCAGAAUGCUUUACCUUUUCAACCAUCUUUCUCCCAUUCAUCCAGGUUUCAGUGGAGUAGCAGCAGCCCUAGGCAUGCCUAUAGUAAUGAACAAGCAGAUGAUUGGCUGCAGAUGCCAAUGACAUCAGCAGGAAUCAAAGAUAGUGGAAAAAGGAAGAAACCACGACAAAAAGAUGAGCACAAGAAGAAGAGAUCUAGCAAGUUUUAAUUAGUGAGAUCCCAUGGCCGACCCUGUUUGCAUCAUUGCCAUCAGU